AUGUCCAGUCUGCAGACAAAGACUAAAAAAAUCGAUGUUCCAGUAUCUAGAGAUGUGGAACCUAGUGCACCGGUAGAAGAGCUAGAAGAUACGGUUCCUAGAGAUGCACAACGAAAAAAACAAAACGAAAAUCGACCUGUGAACCAAUUUCCUACGCUCUCCGAAUGCCCAAUUUGCACAGAUGAAUACAGUGAUACAGUAAUCCCUCGAAUUUUGACUCAAUGUGGUCAUACUGUAUGUGAGAAGUGUGCCCGGAAGUUGUUAGGACACCAAGUGGAUAUUACGUGCCCGGUCUGCAGAAAAGUCACCAGUGUUGAUGGGACAGUGGAAAACUUGGCAAAGAACUUCGCAGUGAUUGAAAUGGCGCGUGGAAAUUAA